ACACAUUGUUUAUGUCACAUUGGCCAGCGGUGAAUUGCAAAGCGGUAGGACUCACAGCGAGAUUGGUAAAUAAUCACUAUUUUAUUAUGCUGUCAACACAGCAUUCUGACCAUUCUCUGCAUUGUCGCUUGAAGAUAUCAGCAGGUUUCUCAGUUUUUCAUCGUGUUCCUGACCAAGUCCAAGGGGAGGAACAAGUGACUGUAAGGACUAGUUAGAAAAUGCAACAUCUUCUGCAUCUUCGUCCCUUCCGGGGGCCUCUCUCCUCUGUCCUAUGGAGGAGACUAUGUUGUACCUCCUACUCCACCCAGCAGCCCCACUCCCUCCAGGGCUCCCUCCCCCCAGAGACCCGCCUGAACCCCCUCAAUAUCCAGAUGCUGUCCCAAAACCUCCAUGAGCAGAUCUUCCGCGGCGCAGAGCAGGAGUACGAGGAUGAGAAGGUGGAGCGGAGCAUCAGGCACCUACAGAGGCACCAGCUGUGGGGAAAAGAAGCCUCCCUGCUGCCUGGUGUGGAGCUCCAGCUGCCCCACAUGUACGGAGAGAACAUAAACGACCACUUCCGCCUGCUGGCCCAAAAGCAGAGCCUUCCCUACCUGGAGGCUGCCAGUAAGCUCCAGCAGGCCCCGCUGCCACCCAUGCCCCAGGACUGGGUAUGGGAGGUGGGCUGGAUGCGCUACGGGCCGGGUGGGGAGGCCAAACGGGUUGACUUCCCAGACGAGGCAGGCCUGGUGUUUGACGUGGAGGUGUGCAUGGCAGAGGGACACUGUCCCACGCUGGCUGUGGCUGUAUCCCCUACUGCCUGGUACUCGUGGUGCAGCAAGCGUCUGAUAGAGGAGAGAUACUCCUGGUCCAGCCAGCUGACCCCUGCUGACCUCAUCCCCAUGGAGACCCCGACCAACUCCAGCCGCCCUCCGGAGGGCCAGUGGAGGGAGAGACUGAUUGUGGGUCACAACGUCAGCUUUGACCGGUCUUACAUCAAGGAGCAGUACCUGCUGAAGGGGUCCAAGGCUCGUUUCCUGGACACCAUGAGUCUCCACAUGGCCAUCUCUGGUCUGACUGGGUUCCAGCGCACGCUGUGGAUGGCCAACAAGCACGGCAAGAGGCGUGGCCUCCUGGAGGUCAAAGCGCAUAUGAAGAAAGUGGGCCGACCUGGGCGGAAGGAAGGGCCCAUGAUCGGCUCAUGGGACUGGGUGAAUAUCAGCAGCAUCAACAACCUGGCUGAUGUGCAUGCUCUGUAUGUGGGAGGGGAGCCACUGCAGAAGGAGGCCAGAGAGAUCUUUGUGAAGGGCAGCAUGGCUGACGUCAGGAACAACUUCCAGGAGCUGAUGCAGUACUGCGCUCUGGACGUCCAGGCCACUCACCAGGUGUUCUGUGAGCAGCUGCCCCUCUUCAUGGAGAGGUGCCCUCAUCCAGUAACAUUUGCAGGGAUGCUGGAGAUGGGCGGGUGCUACCUACCUGUCAAUCAGAACUGGGGGAGGUACCUGGAAGACUCUCAAGACACGUUUGAGGAGCUGCAGAGAGAGAUGAAGAAGAGUCUGAUGAGUCUUGCGGAUGACGCUUGUCAACUGCUACAGGACGACAGGUAUAAGGAGGACGCCUGGCUUUGGGAUGUGGAAUGGGACGUCCAGGAGUUCAAGCAGAAGAAGGUGACCGUCAGCAAGAGAAAACGCUCAGAGGCUGAGCCAGCACCCAGCACACCAUUGAGAGACUGGGAUCAGGACCCAGGUCCCCCCACUGAGGAGGAGAUAGCAGAAACGUGCCCAAGUAGGGAGGCUCUGGAGAGGCUGAAGAAGAUGGUCAGCAGGCUGCCUAAGAGGAGACAGCACCUGCCUGGACAUCCUGGGUGGUAUCGUAAGUUGUGUGUGAAGAUGUCGGAGGAGGAGGAGAGCUGGUCGCCGGGGGCCAGCCUGAUCAGUCUGGCUAUGCGGGUGACUCCCAAGCUGAUGGGGCUGACGUGGGACGGCUUCCCCCUGCACUACACGGAGCAGCACGGCUGGGGCUACCUGGUGCCUGGCCGCAGGGACAACCUGAUGGAACCCCAUGGGGGGGAGGAGGACACCAUGGGGCCUGUGUGUCCCCACAGGGCCAUAGAAAGUGUGUACAGAGAGUACUGUGAGCAGAAAGGUAAAGAGCAGCCUAGGUGUCUGGACAACGGCCUCUCUGAUGACCUCAUGCUAACCGACAGCACACUGUGGCAGACGGUGGAAGAGUUGGGUCGCUUGGAAAGUGUGUCAGAGGAGGAGAACGGUGGCAGGGUGACUAGGAAGAGCAAUAAGGAAAUGCAGGAUAUUAAUUCUCUACCAGGUGAGAGUCACUGUCCCUAUCACCAUGGAAAUGGACCUUACAACGAUGUCAACUUUCCGGGCUGCUGGUUUUUCAAACUCCCACACAAGGAUGGAAAUGACAACAACGUGGGCAGCCCCUUCUCCAAGGACUUCCUGUCCAAGAUGGAAGACGGCACCCUGAGAGCGGGGCGGGGGGCCACCAACGCCACCCGGGCUCUGGAGAUAAACAAGAUGAUCUCUUUCUGGAGGAAUGCCCAGAAACGCAUCAGCUCUCAGAAGGUGGUGUGGCUGAGGAAAGGGGAGCUCCCUCGCAGUGUCAGCAGGCAUGAAGAGUAUGAUGAGGAGGGGCAGUACGGCGCCAUCUUGCCCCAGGUCAUCACCGCGGGAACCGUCACCCGCAGGGCUGUGGAGCCAACGUGGCUGACUGCCAGCAACGCUCGGCGGGAUCGAGUGGGCAGUGAGCUGAAGGCCAUGGUACAGGUGCCCCCUGGGUACCACCUGGUGGGGGCGGACGUGGACUCCCAGGAGCUCUGGAUCGCUGCCGUUCUGGGAGAGGCCCACUUUGGUGGCAUGCAUGGCUGCACAGCGUUCGGCUGGAUGACCCUGCAGGGCAAGAAGAGCCAGGGCACUGACUUGCACAGCCGCACGGCUGACACGGUGGGCAUCAGCCGCGAACAUGCCAAGGUCUUCAACUACGGACGCAUCUACGGCGCUGGGCAGCCUUUCGCCGAGCGUCUGCUCAUGCAGUUCAACCACCGCCUCAGCCAGCCAGAGGCCGCCAGCAAGGCCCGGCAGAUGUAUGCCCUCACCAAGGGCCUACGCAGGUACCGUCUGUCUGAGGAGGGUGAGUGGCUGCUGAAGGAGCUGGAUGUGGAGGUGGAAAGGGACGAAGAUGGGAGCGUCUCCCCGCAGGAUCUCCGCCGGAUCACAAGACUGGCCUCCCAAAGUUCUCGGAGGAGGAAGUGGGAGGUGGCGGGCCAGCGUCUGUGGGCUGGUGGUACGGAGUCAGAGAUGUUCAACAAGCUGGAGAGCAUUGCCCUCUCAGCCCAGCCAGCCACCCCUGUCCUGGGCUGCAGGAUUAGCAGAGCCCUGGAGCCUCAGGCUGUCAAAGACGAGUUCAUCACCAGCAGAGUGAACUGGGUGGUGCAGAGCUCGGCGGUGGACUACCUCCACCUGAUGCUGGUGGCCAUGCGCUGGCUGAUGGAGGAGCACGACAUCGACGGACGCUUCUGCGUCAGCAUCCACGACGAGGUACGCUACCUGGUCCGCAGCGAAGACCGCUACCGGGCAGCACUGGCCCUGCAGAUCACCAACCUUCUCACAAGGUGUAUGUUUACCCAUGCACUGGGUAUGCAGGACCUGCCCCAGUCAGUGGCCUUCUUCAGUGCCGUGGACAUUGACCGCUGUCUGAGGAAGGAGGUGACCAUGGACUGUGUGACUCCCUCCAACCCCACAGGGCUGGAGCGCAAAUACGGCCUCCCACAGGGCGAGGCUCUGGACAUAUACCAAAUCAUAGACAUCACCAAAGGCUCUCUGGGGAAAGGGAGAUAACAGGGUGAACAGACCAGUCUUCUGUGUAGCUCGUGCAGACAGGGGCAUCAUGGGAUAAAGGUCCUCCAGGGCUGACCCAACCCAGGCACUGAGUCAAACCAAUGACGUCAAUGGGAACUGCAGGGUCACGUUCAUAAGGCACCAAACAGAAGAAAACAGUCAGCAGCGGAGUUGUACUAUCUAGAGUUGUCCCAUUUUAUUAAAAAUUUUUUUUUUUAAGGGCUAA